AUGAAGUUCUCUCUCUCUCUCCUCACCACCCUGGCCCUCUCGGCCAACGUGCUGGCUACCGCCACCGUUGAGGCCCGCGGCCCAACUCGCGUUGGGCGCGACCUCGCCUCCAUCACCGGCGUCCUCUCCGGCAUCAGCGACAAGGUCGGCUCCUUGCACACUGCCAUCAACAACUUCAACGGCGGCGACACUCAGCCCGUCGAGUCUGCCUCGGACUCCCUCGUCGACGCCAUCAACUCCGGCACCACCAAGGUCAACGGCGGCGAUGAGCUGAACAGUAUGGACGCCCUGGGCCUCCAGAAGCCCGUCUCCGACCUCAAGGACAAGAUCCAGUCUACCAUCUCCGACCUCAACAGCAAGAAGCAGAAGAUCGUCGACGCAGGCAAGGGCUCGCUGACCUACAACGAUCUGCAGAAGCAGAAGACCGCUGCUCUCAAGCUCUCCGACGCUAUCGUCUCUAAGGUCCCUGAGAACCUGCACGAUAUCGCGCACUCGCUUGCUUCUGGUAUCUCCGAUGCUAUCCAGAAGGGUGUCGAAGACUUCGAGGACGUCGCC